AAUGUUUUUGAAAACGAAGUACUUACUAUGUUACGUAGUUCCUUCCGCAACUUGAUCGAAGCUAUAGACCUUGAUAUGAUUUUGGAUAUGGAAGAGUGUUCGUUAGACUUUCGUUUAUGGCCUGAAAACGAGCUUUUGGAAACUUCUCGUUAUGAUAUGGACAACGAAAGUAAAAGAGCGCUGGAUACAGUUGUCAAGGAAUUACUAUCAAGUAGAAGAGUUGUACAGACCUUAUUGACUUAUGCUCUGGAUCCUCCUCCACCCAAGUGUUCACCUCAAGACAAUAGAGUGAAAAAGUAUCCCAAACUAUCCGUUCAAAUUCUAGUUUCUGUACCAUCCGUUUUGAAAGUUUUGGCUGAAGAUGAAGACUUGAUGGCGAGUUUCUUUGCACGUCUACUUGGAGGUGGUGUUCCUGAAAACUCAUCUCCAGAAGCCGCUUCCUAUUCUUCCGUAGGUAACGGUACAGGCUCCGACGAAGAAUGUUAUGUUUCUUCAGAGUCUUCGGAUGUUUCUCCAAAGUUGAGAGAGAAAAAGGAUGGCACCAACGAAAAACUUGUAUCCCAAACCAAACACGCCUUAACUUUAUCAUCACCUCCUUGGUUGGAUGAUGAACGCUCUAACCACUUUAACAAAAUAUUAGAAGCACUAUUGGAAUAUCAAAAAGGCACAGCCUUAUUGACGUUUGUAAGAAACUAUGCAUUUUCUAGGCUUCCUUAUUGUGAAGAUAUGGAUGAGCCUACUACUCUAUUACAUGCUUUAGUGAGAGGAAUCCAUUUGCGUUCUAUUACAGAGUUGUUAUUGAAAAUGUUAUCGACGGGGAUUUCUCUUCGUUUAUUUUCUUAUUCAUAUGCUGGAGUCGAAGCAUAUGAAGAUGAAAGAGAAGCCAGUAACUUGGAUGAAGAAUCAACUUGGAGUAGAGCUUAUCUUCGUUUUCCUUUUGAAGAGGAAGUGGAACCUGAAGCAACAACAUAUAGUGUCGAUAGUGAUGUCGAAGAAGAAGAAAGUCAAGUGCUACAAGUUGGUUCUACAAACCCAUCCUCCAAAAGAGAACAAACUUUAGAAUGGCUAUUUCAAAGUGAUAAUUGUAUUCGACUAGUUCGCAUUCUAUUGCAUCGAUUGUAUGUUGCUUUGUUACAAGAUUUGCCUAUCCAUGAAAAUAGUAUAGAAAAUAGUACAAAUGUAACGGAACCUGGGAAUGCUGUAGAAGUAUUGCGUGCCAUUAGUCGUGUAUUAAGUCGUUUGGCUAUCGUCAAUUUACGUCUAACCGAUGAAAUGGACUCUUCUCAAGAAGUUGCUAUACUUCAUGACAAAUCCAAAGGAGAUUUAUCCAGUGCAUCUUCUUCUCAACCUAUGGAUGGAAAGCCACUCUCAUCUUUGGAAAAAAAGCAAGAUUAUCGUAAAUUGGAACCGGAAGCACAUGUCAUCGUAGAUCAUAUGCUUCAUAUGUUGUACAAAGCUUAUGAUCGAUUAUUUAUGGAAUGGGAUUCCUCCAAGCGCAUGGAAUUCAUAGCCCGACAUUCCCAAUUCUUAGCAGGAGUUCAUUUUCUAUUCGGUGCUGCAACCAAAGUGUUGGCAGCUUUCUUGGAUAUUCGAUUGGAAUUGAAUAACUGGGGAGAGCUUCCUCCUCUUAUAUCCGUAUUGUUGAAAUAUGUAGAGUUUGCUGUGAAUAUGUUACAAAUAGCACCUCAACAGCCAUUGUUAUAUUUGGGCUCUUUAUCGGAGAAUCGAAUCACCACAUCUUGGGAUCGUCCAUCAUCGUCUUGGUUAGGUUUACAUCGAUUGCAAUUGGUCAAGUUUUUUACUGCUCUAGUUGGAGUUCCCCAUAUCGAUGUACAAAGUGCUCUCGUACAAGCAGAAGUGAUAGCUCCCAUCAUUCAGUUGCUUUUCGACUAUCCCAAUCACAAUGUGUUACAUUCCGAAAUAGAACGUCUAGUCAUUGCCAUCAUUCGAGGAAAUACGGACUAUGAACUGCGUCAGAAUUUAUUGGAUGUUUUGGUUCCAAAAAUAUAUCAAGUGGCGGUAGAUAGAAGAGAAGGAAAGAUUGCUCCUUGGUUGUCCUAUAUGGGACAUGUCAAACGAUUGGCAGAAGAAUUGAUAUCUGCUUCUGCUACACAACCGAGUUUAUGUCAAAUGUUGAAGAGAAAUAGUUGGUGGUCCACCUUUAUGACGGUCAAUAACAACAACAAUUAUAAUAAUAUGUCUACCAUAGUUGUUGGUCAAUCCAAAGAAACCUCAAGUUUUGUAGAUGAAGAAAGAAACGAAACUUUGGAUUCGUCAUCUUCUUUGGUCUAACCAAACACAAUAUACGAUGAAAAGAAUAACUAUGAAAUAUACAGGAAGAGAUGCAUGUUGUUGU